CAUAAGUAGCGCAACAGUGUGUAAAGAUGAGUAAUGAAAAGUGUAAGUUUGUCAUUGACGUGAUUGUGACUCACUUGGCGUUGGUCAAGUUUCCCAAAGCCAAUACCCAGCUGCUGGAGGUGAACGGCAAUGUGAACAAGGUGCAGCUAAAAAUCACUUCAAGCCGCAUCAAUGUCGUUGAUUUCAAAGCCGGCGCAGGCAUUGAAUGCAUCGUGGAGCCGGACAAGCUGCGCAAGAAUCUGGACCAGUGUGGCAUGCCGUUGCAGGUGUUGUACAAUGAUAAGUUACAGGGCACCUGCCAAGUGCUGUUCCCCACAAUGGUAAUCGAUCGCAUUGGCGAGGGCAUGAGCGACAUCAUGCACGUGGAGUCCUGCAACGUGGAAAAGGAUGGCGAAAUAAUUGGCACAAUUGAAGUGCUCUUUCGUUUGAUUAUCAAGUGCGAUGAGGAUAACAAACCAGAAGAUCGCGUUUGUCGCACUAAUGUGGGCAAGACAAUAAACGCACAGGACAUUAUGUUUGUUAUGGGCGAAUCUCAGCGCUGCGCCAAUCACUGUGAUCCUUGCGAGGAUGCCUUGGCUACUGAGCCUGGCGACGAGCAGAUGAAUCUGGACUUUUUGCGCUACAAGAGCUUCAAUAUUGGCGCAGCGCGUCCAGCCACAAACCUAAUACACAAUCCUACAGGCAAUGCUGCCUGCUGCGAGCUGCAGAAGAUGGCGCAAGAGUGCGAGCAGAUUGUUGACUCCAUUACGAAGGCCACAGGACAGCCUAAGCCUUUGAAGGCGCCCUGCCGCAGAGAUCAAGAAUCGCCGCUAGGCCAGCGUUGCUAUAGUCCGAAUCGAGAUGAAGACAGCGGCGAUGGACAAGCCUUUCAAGCUCAGCCACAUUAUCCCUGCUUUAACUACUUGCCCGCACGCCAGGGUGAGCAGCCGGAUUUCUGCGAUCCCAAUCUUAUACCAGUGCCCAUAAGCGAUGAGCGCAAGCCAGACAUUAAGCCGCCUCGCUUUUGUCCCGUCUGCCUUACCAAUAUGUCCUGGCUGCCCAAGUUUGCCGCUUGUCCCAAGUGCGGCGUUAAGCCAAUGCCAGUUAUUGAGGAGCGCCACAAGGAUAAGAAGUUGACCGCAGAGAAUAUACUGCAGGAAUAUCUGGGCAAGUCGGCUGGCAAGCGUGGCGAUUACUGCAUCGAUCCUUGCGAUAAGGACGACAGCUCUGAUGAGUGCAAAUGCCGCUGCACUUGCAAGUAUGGAAAAAUGUGCGCCCAUUGCCGCAUACGCAGCGUCUGCGCGGAUAUUUUCAAGUCCACCAAGGGCAUCAAGGAGUUCCCCAAGCCAGAGCCAGGAUCCUCGGAGGACUACUGUGUGGUCCGCAAAGAAAGCGGCACUAACUGUCGUCCCUAUUUGGCGCGCGUGUUCUCGGAGCUGCGUGAUCUGUACGACAUAAAGGACACCAAACGAUCCUCGGAGCUCAAUGUGAUAUGCAAUAAGGUCAAUAAUGUGAGAAAGACAAAGGUGUCGCGAGUUAGGAACACAACUUCAGUGGCCGAGCGACGCAGGCAGACUAUGAACAAGAUUGCCAAGAAGCCAAAGGAAGAGAAGCCAGUGCGGCAUAGAACUAUGAAUGGACAUAAGAAUUGCCUCAAUACACCUGCGCCCAUCUCGCCGCGUCAUGGCUGGGGCUGGUCAGAUAGCGAGGAGGCACGCAAGAAUGGUUGGCGACCCGGCUGGGUGCGCAAGUCCAUCAAGCGAUUGAUGAAGUUCUUUCUCAAUAAGCCGCCAGAGAAUGCGUUCGUCAAGUGCAAAAAGGUGCUGGCAGCGGAGAAGGCGAAGGAGAACGAGCUGCCCACGCUGCAUGUCUACAAGCAGAAUGGCGAAAUCGUUGUCACACUCCGGCCAGUGCCCAAUCCUAACAUUGAAAUGAAGCCCAUUGAGUUCCGCAUAGUGAAGAGCGACUUGGCAGUGGCCAUGAGCGAAAUCAAACGCAAGCUCAAGGACGCUGGCUUCCCCAAAUGCUGCUGCCAUCAAUCCGUAAUGCUCUGCACCUGUCGCCCACACUUGGAUAAGAAGAGGCUGGAGCAUGCGCUGCAGCGUGAGUGCCGGCGUCGCGGCAUGGAGAGCUGUGUGGAGCAGCUCGUGCUGAGUGACACCACGGACACUGAACUGGACUUUGACUUUAAUGUGACACCACCGGCCUGCAUGCCACAGGCAACGAAGCCUGUGCGGAAACAUACUCUCAAUAAUGGCACACAGACUGAUAAGAAGCCUGUGAAGAUACCGCAGAAGUAUCCAAUUCCAUUGGAUCCAUAUUAUCGCUCGUAUGACUGUGCGGCGGGCGAUCGCUAUACAGGCACAGCCUUUGGCUUUCCUGGCGAGCAGGUGUUUGAGGAUGGCGUGUUUGGCUACAGAGGUGGCGGCCCACAUGGUCCAUCUGCUGCACCAGGCGGUCGUGGCAAGAUUCCUGGAGUUUGGGGCAGUGGAGCUGGCGGACCUAUGCGUGGUGGCGGCAGAUCUGGUGCGCCGGGCCAAGGCGGCUACGGUGGACCCGGCGGUGGCGGCGCUGGUGGCCCUGGGGGCGCUGGAGGACCUGGCGGCGCGGCUGGCAUGUUCGGCAAGGGAUUCCCAGGUGCUAAAGGUGGUGCUGGUGACAAAGGCCCUAGUGCGCCAAUACCGGUGAAAAUGCCGAAGCGUUUCUUCAAGGCAGCCGAAGAGGCGGCGAAGGCGAAGAAGGAAGAGGAACAGAAAGCAAUUGAAAAGCGCAAAAAGGGACCCGACAUGCUAAGGUAUCUCAUGGGCAAGGGCGAAAUAGCUACACCCUGGAAUCCGCGUGUCUCUAAAAGCGCCAAGCAAGUCUAUUCAAAGACCGGUCCUGUCAUUGGACCCGAUGGCUACACCGAUGCCCAACGCAAGCGCAUGCAACUGCGCCAGAUGCCCAUUCCGCCACUGGAUAGCAUGCCACGUCUGGGCAAAGGCUUCGAUCCCUGCGCGCAGUUUACGAAUGAAUGUUACAAUCCUUGCUGCUUCGACAAUGCCUAUUGCUACUACUGCUAGCGCAAACAGAUGCAGACAAUUUUCGCAGACAAGCAAUUUAUUUAUUAUAAUCAAAUUUCGAGUGCGCUUUAUAAAUUAUGCAGUUGUUUUAAGACUUUACGUAGUUACAAUAAGCAGCUUAAUAAAUUAUGCAUAAA